AUGGUAAACCAGCUGAGUGUGCUUCUGACCAAGAGGCUUCCAAACUUGUUCGUGGGCACCAUGACAAGAAAAAUGAUGCAAAGAACUGUUCUUUGCUCAUCAACUCUAAGAGCUCUGUCAAUGUUCCCUCACAACAUAAAUGCAGCUAACACCAAGUGCCUCUCUGGGACAACAAACAAGGUUACUCGAUUAGGUGAAAGCGUUACGUUACAAUGUGUUCGGUUCUGCAAUUUUUCAUCAGUUUCCACUGCCUUUCCACUCAAAGAGGAAACUAUAGCUCACAAAACUGUCCAAGAACUUCUUGACAUAUUUGCAGCAUCAAAAGAUUCAUUAGAAAAAGAGGAAUGUAUUGAGUUGUUGCGCAAGAUUGCAAGAGCUGUUUGGCAUGACGAUAAUCAGAGGCUAGAACUGCAGAAGAUCAGAGCAGCAUCUGCAGAAGGUUGCAGUAUGUUUCGACGUUUGUUAAACCAUAUUACUGAUAGUGUAGAAGAAUCAAAUUUAGAUGAUAAACUGGUGUCCACAAUUCUCUGGUCUCUUGAAAGAAUUGGAGAGACCAAUCAUCGUCUGUACAGGAGGUUUGAUAAAGGAAAGAUUGUUCUUUUAAAGGUGCGCUAA